CCUUAUCAGAAUUUACUUUAUCUAUAACCUAAUCGUAUAAAUAAUGUAAAAGUCAUAUUUUUGUUUAAUAGAAAUCUAAUUAUGGUGGUGAUUGUAUUUAAGAUGCUGUGGCAUCUUUUAGCUCUGUCCACAUUCGUGGUGACGGUCUAUGGUCAUGGAAGAGUCCUGCAACCCCCAGGCAGGGCAACUAUGUGGAGAAUGAGAUUUAAAACCCCAGCUAAUUAUGAUGAUACAGGCGUGAACUGCGGUGGUUUUGAUAGACAGUAUUCGAUCAAUGGUGGAAAAUGCGGAAUCUGCGGCGACGCCUACGACAUGGAUCUACCACGACCUCAUGAAAACGGCGGAACGUACGGCCAAGGUGUAAUCGUCGGCAAAUACGAAUCAGGACAAAUAAUCGAAACAAUUGUAGAGAUUACCGCAUACCACAAAGGCUACUGGUACUUCAAACUGUGCCCGAAUCCAGAACUGGAGUCCCAACAGGAAUGUUUCGAUCAAUAUCCUCUGGAGUUAGAGGAUGGUGGUCUGUUUUAUUACCCCCCAAAAGGUGGAACCUAUACUGCGAGAUACAGACUCCCUGAUGGGGUAUCUUGUGCUCACUGUACUCUACAAUGGAGAUAUGUGGCGGGGAACAAUUGGGGAGUGUUCAGUAAUGGUACUCAGUGUAUUGGCUGUGGGAAUCAGGAGACAUUUGGAGCUUGUUCCGAUAUAAGUAUUGCGCCAUUGAAAUAUAUAGUCCCUGAGGGUGGGCCUUUGGAAGUAGAUGUGGCGAGUCAUGAUAAUUAAGCAUAUAAGAGAUGAUGUCAGACCUUAAUAGACUUAAGUAAGGUGUUUGCUAGUUUUAGGAAAAUGUUCCCAAUUUUCAAAUAUUGGUGUCAUUCUUGGAAAUGUAACUAGGUUAUUAAUCUACACAGCAAAUAAACUGUGUUCAUAAUUCAACUCCAAAACGGCUGAACAGUUUUUGAUGAAAUUAUUUUGUAUGUUCAAUUGGAGUCGAGAAUGAGUUACUAGUACUUAGUUUUUUGUAUGUAAUAUGUGUGUACAGGGCAACGUCUAUCGGAUCCGCUAAUAGAAUAUAAAUGUCUAAUAUAAUAAAUUGUGCCAAAAAUUGA